AUCCUGUAAGGGAGGUGCGGCUGUGCAGUGACGUUUCCAGCCUCUCUCUGCAGUGAGCCGCUCUCUGAGGACGCUAUCCACACGCACACGUACACACUCACUCUGACACACAAACACAGGAGCGCAAUAAAGCGCAGGAAGGAGAAGGGAGGAGAGGCAGAGAGCGGAGUAUUGCGUUAGCGUCCAGAAGAGCAUCAUGGCACCCAUUGGAUUAAAGGCGGUGGUCGGAGAAAAGAUUAUGAAUGAUGUGAUCAAGAAGGUGAAGAAGAAGGGAGAAUGGAAGGCUCUGAUCGUGGAUCAGCUGAGCAUGAGGAUGCUUUCCUCCUGCUGCAAGAUGACUGACAUUAUGACAGAGGGCAUCACAAUUGUGGAGGAUAUAAACAAGCGGAGAGAGCCUCUACCCACCUUGGAGGCCAUUUACCUCAUCACCCCUACUGAGAAGUCUGUGCAGACGCUCAUUGGUGACUUUAAGGAUCCCCAUUCAUCGAAAUACAGAGCAGCUCAUGUGUUCUUCACUGAUUCUUGCCCGGAUCCGUUAUUCAAUGAAGUGGUAAAGAGUCGCGCUUCAAAGUGUAUCAAGUCUUUGAAUGAGAUCAACAUUGCCUUUCUGCCAUAUGAGUCGCAGGUGUACUCUCUGGAUAACCCUGAUGCCUUCCAGAGUUUCUACAGCCCCCAUAAGACUCAGAUGAAAAACCCAGUGAUGGAAAGACUAGCUGAUCAGCUGGCCACGCUGUGUGCCACGCUCAAGGAGUACCCUGCCGUCCGAUACCGUGGCGAGUACAAAGACAACGCCACCCUGGCUCAGCUGGUGCAGGACAAACUGGAUGCCUACAAGGCAGAUGACCCCACAAUGGGAGAGGGUCCUGACAAGGCUCGCUCGCAGCUCAUCAUUCUGGAUCGGGCUUUUGAUCCCGUCUCUCCUGUCCUUCAUGAACUCACUUUCCAGGCCAUGGGCUACGAUCUGCUGCCCAUUGAGAACGAUGUCUACAAGUAUGAAACCAGUGGAAUGGGAGACUCUCGGGAGAAAGAGGUGCUGCUACAUGAGGACGAUGACCUGUGGGUGUCUCUGCGGCACAAGCACAUCGCUGAGGUGUCCCAGGAGGUGACAAAAUCUCUGAAGGAUUUCUCAGCCAGCAAACGGAUGAACACUGGAGAUAAGGCCACGCUGAGGGAUUUGUCUCAGAUGCUGAAGAAGAUGCCGCAGUAUCAGAAAGAGCUCAGCAAGUACUCUACUCACCUGCAGCUGGCGGAAGACUGCAUGAAGCACUAUCAGGGCACUGUGGACAAGCUGUGCCGUGUUGAGCAGGACCUGGCCAUGGGAACAGAUGCAGAAGGCGAGAAAAUUAAGGACCCCAUGAGGGCCAUCGUGCCGAUCCUGCUUGACGCCAACGUCAGCACCUACGACAAGAUCCGCAUCAUCCUGCUCUAUAUUUUCCUCAAGAAUGGAAUCACAGAGGAGAACCUGAACAAGCUGAUCCAGCAUGCACAGAUCCCUCCUGAGGACAGUGAGAUCAUCACCAACAUGGCUCACCUGGGUGUCCCCAUCAUCACAGACUCCACUCUGCGCCGGGGGAAGAAGAUGGACCGUAAGGAGCGUGUGAGUGAGCAGACCUACCAACUCUCUCGUUGGACCCCACUGGUCAAGGACAUCAUCGAGGAUGCCAUUGAGGACAAGCUGGACACCAAGCAUUACCCUUAUAUCUCGACUCGCUCAUCCUCCUCGUUCAGCACUUCAGCAGUCAGUGCCCGAUACGGCCACUGGCACAAGAAUAAGACCCCUGGAGAGUACCGCACUGGGCCACGUGUCAUUGUCUUCAUCAUUGGUGGAGUGUCUUUCAGCGAGAUGCGCUGCGCCUAUGAGGCCACGCAGGCCAGCGGAAAAUGGGAGGCCAUCAUCGGUUCCACCCACACGCUCACCCCAACCAAAUUUCUAAUGGAUCUGCAGCAUCCCGACUUCCGAGAGUCCACUAGGGUGUCCUUUGAGGACCCCGUUCCCUCAGACGAUUGAGAGAAAGAGGGAAGGGUGGGAGAGAAAGAGAGAGAGAGAGAGAAAGAGAGAGAAAUCACACUCUGACAAAGCUCAACCACUGUCGUCACCCCUACCGUGCUCCUGGAUGCACUCAAGACCAUGAACAAACCAGACGAGGAACAGACAAGCUAAAACCCUCCCUCUCUUCUCUUCUAUCUGAUCGCCCGAAAUCCCCUGCUCCUAUAUUAAUGUGUAUGCAUCUUGCCUGAAAAGAAAAAUGUAAAAGAAAAAAAAACAAACAAAAAAACAACAGAAACACUGACUUAAAAAAUGAGAUAUAUAAAUAUAUAUAUAUAAAUAUAUAUAGUAUGUUGAAAAGCAAAAGAAUCAUUGUAAGUAUUCUCAUGUUUUACAAUGGAUGCAAAUGUUUAAACUGUUGAAAUAAGGUUUAAAUAUCAAAGGCCAUUUGAAACAGAAAGAACCAAAUAUUGAUAAUAUUAUUGAUAUUGGAUGCUCGGAAAUGUGUAAAUGGUAGAAUCUUAGAGUCAUUGGUGUGAUUUUAUCAUGGUUGUGGAUGGGGGAGGGACAAGUAAGUCGUUUGUAUGUGAGCGCCAGUCGAGAAUUUCAUUCAAUCAUAUCAUUUCUCUUGCUUUACGACGAAAUCCUGUCAUUCGUCACGCUGUAUGCUGAACGCUCUGG